CUAAACAUCGAUCCAGGAACAGCACCUGUCUGAUUAAAUGAAGCGACCGACUUAGGCCUCUUACCGGAUUUCUUCACAAUGGAUGAGGCGUUUUUCAAAUCCAUGUUACCUGCGCAGGACUCGUUCGAGCUGGAUGACUCCAGUCUGGCUCUGCCGGCCGCGCCGAAUCCGAGAUCGUCGUGGAAGGUGAACCCAAAGGACCGGAGUGAGCGCGUCCAGCAGCAGGUCCAGCUCACACUGGCACGGAGGGCGAGAAAGAGUGUGCCAAAAGGCCAUGUUCAUUCACAGAAAAACACAGCAAGGAGCUUUGAUGCUACAGAUGGACCUUUAUCAAACAUGAAGGUAAAUGGAUUAGGCUACACUGACCGCUUUAUUUCAAGUAACCGUGUGCAGAGACCAUCCAGGAGGGUGGAGGUAUCUCCACUUCAGAGUCCAGUGUUUCCUCGCAGUCGCUUCAAUCUUAGUACCCUCCGUCAUGGGACCUACACCCAUCCGGGACCCAGGGACAGAGCCAGCACCAUGCUGGACCGCUCAUUUGGUUCUAAUUCAUUUCGUCGCUACGCCUUCUCAGACGCCCCCCGCGCCACGCGGCCCCAGCCCUCCACGGCUGCAUUCGAGAACUUCCGCCGGAGGUCGCUCAGACAGACAGCAUCAUCAGCACCUGUGUUUGCAAAUGCACCUUUUCAGCAAAGAUACGGCUCUCAGCGGAGUAACAACCAACCUGUCGUCAAACAGCAGAAAAACGUCGUGCAGGGACGAAGUGGGGACGGGAUGCUUGGUGCUAGCCAGCCUGAUGAAGGCCUGUCCUGGUUGGCUCGGCUCAGGAGGGAGGGCGAGGAGCUCCACAAACCAAAGUCAUACCCACCCUCAGUCACCAGCGAUGUGGUGGACAAUGGGCAGCAGAUCGAAGUAGAACUCCCCAUUCAGCGGAUACAGACAAACAAUGUCACGCCACUGAAGUCAGAGAACAAGCCCCCAGAGAUGACGUUAGAGAGGGCCGUGAAUCUGUUGACCCAGGAUGAUGAGGAAACACUCAUUUGUGCAGCCAGCCACAUACAGAAUCAAUGUUUCAAGAGUGCUGAUGCUAAAAAGAUGGUGUACUAUCUCCGUGGCAUCGAAAAGCUCCUGCAGCUCCUCCGUGGUGACAAUGAGGAGGUACAGUGCGUCGCCGCUGGGGCUCUGCGUAAUGUUGUUUACCAGAGCAGCGAAAACAAGAUGGAGGUGAAGGAAAAGGAUGGCCUGACCACUAUUUUACAUGCACUGAAGAGCAACCGUAAUGUGGCGACCAGACGAGAACUUACCGGCCUUCUGUGGAACCUCUCCUCCCAUGACCUUUUGAAGGAGCGGCUCUCCAGAGAGGCGUUAUCUGUCCUCACCAAGUCAGUCCUGGUGCCAAGUUCUGGCAUUUCUGAAGGCGAGAACCCAAAAGACGAGCUCCUAGCUGAUGCUGCUGUUUUUCACAAUGCUACCGGCUGCCUGCGAAAUCUGAGCUCUGCUGGUCCAGAUGGCAGGAAAGCAAUGAGGGAGUGUGAGAAUCUCAUUGACUCACUGGUCUACUACAUCCGGGGAGCCAUAUCUGACUAUAAGACAGAUGAUAAGUCCACAGAGAACUGCGUCUGCAUCUUGCACAACCUGUCUUAUCAGAUAGAUGCAGAGCUCCCCAAGACGUACACCAGAGACCUCAGAGAAUCUCGACAAAUCUUGGCUCCCAAACCAACGGCUGUCGGCUGCUUUGCUUAUCGCAGUGCCAAGAUCACAGAGAAUCUGGAGCGACAGUGCCCCCUGCUGGAGGAGAAUGCUAACCCCCGUGGCAUAGAGUGGUUGUGGAGUGCCAUCACUAUCCGGAUGUAUCUGUCACUGAUGGCCCGCAGCGUGCGUCACCACACCCAGGAGGCUGCCAUCGGAGCCCUGCAGAACAUCACGGCUGGGAACGGGGCGAUGAAUGAAGCCAUCACCUUCACUAUUGUCCAGCGUGAAAAUGGCCUCCAGCAGGUCAAGAAGAUGUUAGAGGAGGGAGAGAGUGAUGUGAAGAGGACGGCCAUAUCUCUAAUAAGAAACCUCUCGCGCUACCAGGAACUGCACCCUGCAAUCGUGAAACAGGUGUUGCCAGGGGUGGUGGAGAUGCUACCCAACAACGACACCGGCACCGACCUGCCCACCGAGGUGACGGCCUCGCUGUGUCAAAUCCUGACGAGCCUGAGUCAGAGUGACAGGCAGCAUGUCAGAGCCAUCUUCAAUGAGGGAGCCCUCCCAAAGAUCAUCAACAUCAGCAGCAAGGACAACGGUAUUGGACCAACCAGAGCGGGUCAGGCAGCAUGUGUCCUGCUGCAGACCAUGUGGAAAUACAGCGAUCUGCAUGGGGCCUUUAAGAAGUGUGGGUACAGGAAAGCUGAUUUCAUCAAUGCAAGGACAACAAAGGCUGUGAACUCCGGAUGAGACUGAGCCGAAGGUCUAUGAGAACCAAACUCCAGCUGCACAACUACACACAGUAGUGGCACUUGCAGUCCCAAAUCACCCAAUGCACUGUUCCUCCUGUAAUGUGUCACAGUUUAGUAACUGUUAAUUUCACAAAGGUAGAAUACUUGGAUUUUGUUUCUCAGUGCUGCAGGUAAAAUAUUAUGAACUACUGUAUGUCUACAAUUUCCUCAAAAGUUCCACAAAUGGCUUUAAAAUUGGGAGUUUAGGCAUUUAGUUUUUGUUAGCUUCAAGACAAACAUGUCGAUUUCAUAAAUGACAUAGGAAGAGAUUAUAUGUUAUGUUAGAAUUGAGAUAAAUGAUAACAGAACUAUAAACACCCACUGAACUUUACAUUUUUCAUUUCACAGGACUUUGAAGCACUUUUCAGUUUUGUCAACAUUCCUCAUGAAACUCGUGAGAUACUUCUGGCUGCUGUUCUGUUGCCUCACGGUCAGAAACACUGACAGAUGAAUGUAGAAAACUUCUGAAAACUCCAGCAAAGAAAAUGAAUCUGUUUUAAAGUAUUCAUUCAUAUUUCCGGAGUUUUUUUCUUUUUUUAAUGUAGCGGCAGCUAAACGGCUGAGAAUACUGUUUGCGUGUUGUUGUUUUUUUGCAUGUCAGGUGAUGCAGUAAUCAAGUAAAGAACCACAAUGAAAAUACUCACACAUAAGAAAUAGUGAAGGACGAAAAUCACAUUAACAGCAUUAUGAGAAAACAAUGAACUCGUAUGUAUUUUUAAACAGGAUGACUUCCUGCUGUAACACAAAACAAGCCGAUCUCUCGCUCUCUGACUUGAGUUGUUUUCUCAAAUGAAUAAAUUGUUUUGAA